AGGACGACGACGACGAGCGACGCUGAGAAUGUCCAUCGCGCCGACGCUGCAAACGCUGGCGGCCUUGCGCUGAGACCCUCCUCCCGUCCCAUGACAGGCUCUCCCAUCGCCAUCGCCAGUGCAACCAUGUGGCCAAGGCCCGGCCGGCGGAUCGAACAACUUCAUCUGUGUUGGACGCGGUGGUGCUGCAUUCAAUAGUGGCGACUCAAUUUCUGCCCUCGUUCUUCCCACUGCCCUCUGCAUAGCCAUUCCCGUCAUCACAGUCCCCGCCUCUCCACAACACCUCUCCAGCAUGGCAACGAAUCUUUCCAUCAGCAACCCUUCGCCAAGGAAGCUGCCAGGCCCUCAACUUCUUCACAAGCUCAUCUGCACUGCCGGAAAGGAAGGUGCGGUGGCCAUCGAGCACACAUUCGAAAAUGGCACCCACACAUCGUUGACCUACGACGACUUUCACAGCCGAGCUGAUGGUCUGGCACGUCGUAUCACAUUAGCGAUUCAACGCUCUACGACAAAACCAACAAGGACAGUUGUGCCUCUGCUCGUACCCCAAUGUCCCGACCUGUACAUAUCACAACUGGCCAUUCUCAAGGCAGGGGGCGCCUUUUGUCCCAUCGUCCUGGACUCUCCAGAGGAGCGCCUUCGAUUUAUUCUCAAAGAUGUCGAAGCAACAGUGUUGCUGACGACAUCAAAUUUCAAGCCCCAGUUACCAUCAUUAGAAGGCGUCGAGAUUUUAGCUGUCGAUGAGGAAAGCGCGAUCGAUCUGUCGGUGGAGUUGAGCUCUUCAGUCGAACCGGCAGAUGCCUCCUACAUCAUGUACACCAGUGGCAGCACUGGACAGCCAAAGGGCGUGGUCCUAUCACAUUCCGCAGCGACUCAAGCCCUUCUGGCCCACGACAAGCACAUCCCUCAAUUUCGAAGGUUCUUGCAAUUUGCAAGCCCCACCUUUGAUGUUUCAGUCUUCGAAAUCUUCUUCCCAUGGCUUCGAGGGAUGACACUGGUGAGUUGUGAUCGAAGACGGCUAUUGAACGAUCUGCCCGGUGUCAUCAACGAUUUGCGCAUCGAUGCUUGCGAGCUGACUCCGUCGGUUGCGAGCAAUCUGCUAAGGACUCGUGAAAAUGUGCCCGGGUUGAAAGUACUCCUGACGAUUGGCGAAAUGUUGAAGCCAUCCGUGGUCGAGAGCUUCGGUGGCGACGAAUCCGAAGAGGCUAUACUGCAUGGCAUGUACGGGCCCACAGAGGCUACGAUACAUUGCACUUUGCAGACGAAUUUUGGCAAGAAAAUGACUUGCAACAGCAUCGGUAUCCCUCUUGACACAGUUUCUGCGUUUGUCAUUAGAGCGAUCGAUGGCGCAUUGACAAGUACUCCAGAAAUCUUGGCAAUAGGAGAGGAGGGCGAACUUGCUGUUGGAGGCUAUCAGCUUGCUGAUGGGUAUCUGAACCGAGAUGAACAAACACAAAAAGCGUUUGUGCAACACCCCGAAUAUGGGACAUUGUACAGAACAGGAGACCGAGCACGAAUGCUUCCCAACGGAACAUUCGAAUGCCUCGGCCGAAUUUCGAGCGGGCAAGUGAAGCUCCGAGGCCAGCGUAUUGAGCUGGGAGAAAUCGAGCAUGCAGCAGCAAGGACGCCAGGAUGCACCGACGUGGUCGCGGAAGUUGUCGCGAACACAUUGGUUGUUUUCUGCGUGACUGAAUCGAAGCAGCUGAGCAGAGACGCAGUGACCAGCGUCUGUCGCAAGUGGCUCCCAGAGUAUAUGGUACCUGGUGAUGUUGUGCUAAUGGAAUCCUUCCCCUACCUGGCAUCUGGAAAAUGCGAUCGCAAAGUUCUACGAGCACAAUACGAAGAACGACAGGCGGCAGCCGUAGCGAAGGACGAGUCAGCUCAAAGUGAGGAAAUGCAACAGGUGCUGGAUUGCCUGAAAAAUGUUCUUGGGACGCAGAUUGUCUCUACCUCCUCCUUGGCGGCUUGUGGGCUGGACUCACUUUCCUCGAUUCGUUUGGCUGCUGCUUUGCGAAAACAAGGCCUCGCACGGCUUGAUGCUGGGCGUGUCCUCGCGGCGCGGACACCCGCCGACAUCCUGGAAAUCUCAAAGGAGCAGGAUCUUACCAAAGAUACCGGGAAUUGGCGAGAAGAUACCCAGAAUAGCUAUCGUGCACGUCUUGACAGUGCACUCAGCGCUGCAAUCGACGCGGAUGUGCAAGAUGUCGAGACCUCUUUUCCUUGUACGCCACUCCAGGUCGCUAUGCUUACUGAGACUGCGAAAAGUCCAAAGGCAUACUGCAACUGGGUCAAAUUCGCGUUGCCCAGCUGCUCGGACGUAUCACUCCUUCGUCAGAGCCUAAUGCAACUAGCCCAAUCACACCAGCUCCUACGAUCGGGCUUUAUAGCGACGCCAAGCCUUCCUCAGAGCUAUGCUACAGUCGUUUGGCGAUCGUUGGCGGAGCAUCAGAUCGUGGAGUCAGAGGAGGCUCCUUCGCCUUUCGAACUUACCAGCGACUCCGACUUGCUCAGACCCAUGAGCUUCCACAUACGACAUUCUCAAAAUGAGUUCGAGCUUACGAUCCAGAUACAUCACGCUCUGUACGAUCAAUGGUCAAUGGACUUGCUUCAAAACGACCUGGCUGCGAUUCUGGCUGGCUCCAGUCCUCUUGAAUCUCGGUCAUUUCAAGCGGUGGCCGACUACUACCUUCACGCAGAGACGUCCUCGUCACAAGCUUCUCUUGAGUUCUGGCAAGACCAACUUCGCAACGUUUCGCCGACAUCAUUGCCUCUGCUCAGAGGCACACAUGCUACCAAUGCCCUCCAGCGUACCUCAUGGCAGACAACCUCACUUCAAAGCGUCGAGGUCAGAAAGCGAUCGCAAGAACUGGGAUGCAGCGCACCUGCAAUUUUCCAGACAGCCAUGAGUCUCAUCUUGGGCGCCUACUCUGGGGUGUCUGAUGUGGUCCUUGGCUCCGUCUUCUCUGGUCGCACGCUGCCAAUCGACGACAUCGACAAUGUCUUUGGCCCUUGUCUUGCAACUCUUCCUCUUCGGAUCGAUAGCAAGGCGGCGAGAACUUGCAAAGAUCUCCUAGGCACAGUCACUGAUCGCAAUCGUCAAAUUCAAAAACACCUCCUCACCACGCCGACUGCGAUCCGCGAGGCAGCCGGCGUGGCUCCUGGAGUGGGUCUAUUUGACAGUCUCUUCGUCUGGCAGGAGACCACAUUGGCCUCUCAAAGCACGGGAGAACACGUAGUAGAGCUUGACUCUGAAGACCAGCUCGAAUUCGAUCUCGUCCUCGAGAUUGACCCCACGCCAACUGCCUUGCGGAUUCGUGCAACAUAUCAGCAGCGUCUGUUGAGCACGGAACAAGUGGACAUGCUCAUCCAGCAGAUCGAAAGUGUCGCGAAGCAACUGCUGACCGACGCAGAAGGCAUGGUCGAACAGCUCUACGGCAAGUUGAACGACGAGCUGCUCUCGAUCUUCAACCCUAAACCCAAGUGCUUCGCCACAACUUUCGAGCUGACGGAGGAGAUCUCACGUAGAGCGUCUCUUGACCCCGCAAGGAGUGCAGUCAGAUUUGCAACAAGAAUCGACGAUCAAUCCAUCGACUCUGUAUUCUUCUCCUAUCAAGAAUUGGACGAGCGUGCAAAUCGCAUGGCUCACGAGCUCAUCGCAGCUGGUCUGCAGCCUAAGGGCCUUGUGUGUAUUUGCAUGGAGAAGUGUAUCGAUCUAUACGUGGCCAUGCUCGCGAGUUUCAAGGCGGGUGCUGGUUAUCUGCCACUUGUUCCGGAAACUCCAGCCGCUCGCGUCAAGUCGAUCCUCAAGCAAGCCAAUGUAAACUUGUGCGUUUGCGACGCUCAAACCACUCCCAGCUUCCGCUCGAUGACGGAUGCCACAACAUUGGACGUCUCGGGCAUGAACUUGGCGACGCGACCGAACAACGCACCAGAUGUCAGCCAGAUCGGCUCCCGCAUCGCUUACAUGGUCUUCACCAGCGGAAGCACUGGCGAGCCCAAAGGCGUUGCCGUCACUAUGGACAACCUGAAGGGUAACAUUGCUGUCCUUGCGGAGCUAUACAAAGUUGCGCCGGGUGACCGCCUGUUGCAGUCUUGCUCGCAAGCAUUCGAUGUUUCCGUUUUCGAGAUCUUCUUCACCUUCUUUACAGGCAUGUGCUUGUGCUCUGCGACAAAAGACGUUCUGUUUAGGGACUUCGAGCAAAGCAUUCGAGCCUUUGAGAUCACACAUCUGUCUCUGACUCCGACCGUCGCAGCUCUAGCGAAGCCAGAAAACGUUCCCAGCGUCAAGUUCCUCGUCACAGCUGGUGAAGGCAUUACUGAGAAAGUGCAUCGCACGUGGGCAGGCCGUGGACUCAAUCAAGGAUAUGGACCGUCUGAGACCACCAACAUUUGCUCAGUACAUAUGCAUGUGUCACCAAAUGAUGUACUGGGCAACAUUGGCCCAGCUUUCAAAAACACAUCAGCGUUUGUGCUUGCCCCCGAAGGCGAGUUCCAAAUACUGCCCACUGGCGCCUACGGAGAGUUCGUAUUCGGCGGAGAGCAGGUUUUCCGAGGAUACGUUGGCAGAGAGGACUUGAACGCCACCAAGAUCCUGAACCAUCCGCAGUACAGUCGUCUCUACAGAAGUGGUGACAUGGGCCGGAUACUGCCUGACGGCACUCUGCUGAUCUCCGGCCGACUGGACGACCAGGUCAAGAUUAGAGGCAAUCGCGUUGAGUUGGGAGAGAUCAAUGCAGUUGUCUCUAACCAUCCGGAGGUGUCCGACUGCGCCACUAUUGUCAUUGGUGAUAGCAGUUCGAACCAGAUGUUGGCCACCUUCUGGGUUCCCAAGGCGGCCAGCACUGAACACGAAUUCUGCGUCUAUGGUCCAGGAACCGAACUUGUAUCGUCUUUGUACGAUCUUCUGGAAGAUGCUUUGCCGGCGUACAUGACACCAAGCGUGCUCGUGCCAGUUUCAAAACUGCCUAUGACCUCCCAGGGCAAACUUGACAAGAGACUGCUACAAUCCACCUACGGAAACCUUGACCAGACAACCAGGAAUGGUGUUUCGCGUUCAUACGAAAUUGGAGCUCACGACUCUCCCUCGACGCCAGUCGAGCAACAUAUGGCCGAAGCAGUCGCCCAAACACUAGGCAUGCCAGUUGAGAGCGUAUCGAGAAAUGCUUCUUUCUUUGCGCUUGGGUUGAACUCACUCAACGCGAUUCAACUUGCAAGAGCUUUACAGAAGACUUCUGGCUUGAAUGUGAAUGUCAGCACUGUCUUGCGCCAUUCAAGCAUAGCGCGGCUUUCAAGGUCUAUCUCUGGCACAGAGGAGCUGACCUCCGGACACGAGGACCUUGACACAACUCAAAUCUUGGACGAAAGUCUCAUUGAAAAGAUCAAAUCUGCAUUGCCGAUGAGCGAUCUAGCUGUCGACGCGGUCUUCCCAUGCACCCCACUCCAAGAGGCGAUGCUGUCGACGACAGGUGGUGACAACGCGGAUGCAUACUGCAACACCAUGAAGAUCAAUUUCGAGGGCGACAUGGCAAAGCUCAAAAGUUGUUGGAACACAAUGCUGCAGAGGCAUGCGAUUCUUCGCACAUCUUUUGUCGAGACAACGCUGUCCUCGAACCCAUUCGUCCAAGUUGUGCUCAAAGAGCCGCUGCCUACAUGGACUACCGAAGACCAACCAAUAUCAAAUGGCACCUCGAAUCACACCAACGGACAUGCCAACGGACAUGCCAACGGGCAUGCCAACGGCCAUAAACGUAGCGAUUCCCCACUGGACGUGAGGCCUCAGGAGCCAAAGUUGCCUGGGGUCACACCUGAUCGACCUGUUCAAGUUGUGCAAAGUGGCCACGACAUCUACCUACAGAUGCAUCAUGCUGUUUAUGAUGGCAUCGCAGUCAACAAUCUCUUCUCCGAGUUGAUCAGCUUGUACAAGGAGGAAACACUGCCUAGUUCUGUUUCCUUUGAGCCUUUCCUCGCGGAAGUCGUUCGCCAGAACAAGCAGGAUGCUCUUGAUUUCUGGUCUUCUCGCAUCAAGUCGUUCCGGCCGCAUCCUCUCCCACCUUUGGAAGAAGCUGCUGCGGCCGGCGAGCAGGUCUUCGAUAUGCUAAUGGGAGUAUCGCCUGCAGAUGUUGGUGCAUUCAGUGAAAGACAUUCAUGCACUAGUCUCAGCAUUUUCCAGGCGGCUCUGGCGAAGGCGAUCGCUUGCGCUCAAAAUAUCACGGAUCUUUGCUUCGGAAACGUCGUCAGCGGGCGAUCGGUUUCGGUGCCUGACGUGGAGCGCCUUAUCGCACCAUGCUUCAACACGAUUCCCGUCCGUGUUGAACUGGACGGCUUGCGAACCAAUCUUGAUCUCGUUCAAAGUCUCCAGAAGAAUAAUCUGGAGUCCCUCUCAUACCAAUUGACUGCACUUCGUCGCAUUCAGGGCUUGAGUCAGGAUCCAUCGAAGCAUCUGUUCGAUACUCUCCUCUUGUUGCAGCCUCCUGCUGUCGGAGACGACUCGUGGGAUAUUGAAGAGGAUGAAGACAUGGGGAUGGGCAUCCCGCUUGUCAUCGAAGUCGUUCCCCAUGGCGAUGAUCAUGCUUUGCUGGUCCACUAUAUGCCCGCCAAGAUCAGUCAGCCGACAGCCACAUCGUUUGCCAAGGCUUUCGUCUCAGCUGUGAAGGCCUGCCUGAGGUACACCUCUGGCAGUAUUACCGAGCUAGGAGAAGAGUCUGUCGAGAAUCUAGCAGGCAAGCUCGCGCCGUUACCUGUCUCUGUUGCGGAAAAUGCGGCGACCAACGGUGCCACAGACUUGUGGACGGAUGAGGAGACCAUGGUUCGAGAAAUCUACGCAGAGCUUGCCGGAAUUCGUACAGAUCAAAUCUCGAAGCAGACUUCGCUGUAUCAGAUUGGACUGGACAGUUUGAAUGCAGUUCAAGUCGCCUCACAGCUUCGGAAGCGAGGCGUGAAGAUCGAUGCGGCCGACGUGAUGCAGCUGCAAACACCAGCUGCCCUGGCAAAAUUGAUCGGCUCCAAACAAGACGUCGAAGAAGAUGUUUCGACUGAUUCAGUCGACUUCGAUGCAUUUGCGGCUAAACACAUGCAACGAGUGCUGGAGACCUUUUCAGUCCAAGAAGAUGCGAUUGAAGCCAUACGACCAUGCACAUCAGCUCAAAGUGGCAUGCUUGCUCAGUUUGUGCAGUCGGGCGGCAAUUACUACUUCAGUCAAAGUAUUUACGAAGUGCCAGACGACGUCGACUUUGAGCAGAUUCAAUCAGCCUGGGCAGCAGUGCAAAAGAAGCAUCAGGUGUUGAGGAUGGGAUUCUUCGAGACCGAGGAUGCAUCCACACCAUUUGCAAUGUUGAUCUACAAGUCGAGCUCGAUUCCCUUGCAAACGGUAUCUCAAGCUGGCGAGAGCUCACCGGAGGAGCUGUCUCAAAGCAUGCGGUCGGCCGUCCUCAAUGACUUGCAGCUUCCUCCUUGGCGAGCUGUCGUACAAAAUACUGGAGAAUCGCGUCGCAUGGUCGUAUCGCUACAUCAUGCACUUUACGACGCCGACGCUCUCGAGCUCAUCCUGUCUGACUUGGCGCAAGCUUUGCGAGGAGAAAACCUUGGACAACCUCGCAGCAUCGACGCUGUAUUGAAGAUGCAGUUGAAUGGCGCAACGGAAAGGAAGAACGCCAGUGAGCAGUUCUGGAGUAAAUCACUCGAAGCCGCGCAUCUCGUCAAGUUUCCAAACAUCACACCAACAGUGGUUAAGCAAAGCAAAGCCCGAUCGACCGAGUUCAGCUCCCAAGUGUCCAUCUCCACUCUCGAGACCUUCUGCAGGGCGAAUGGCGUAACUAUACAAGCUGUUGGACAGACUGUCUGGGCACAAAUGCUUGCAGCGUAUCUCGGAGAGCCAGCUGUGACAUUUGGCACAGUCUUCUCUGGGCUCUCGUCGUCUGCAACGAAGGGCGUUGCAUUUCCAAGUAUCUCAACAUUGCCUGUCCACUGCGACACAAAACAGGCAGUCCUCGACGUAGUCCAAGCCAUGGUCACCUACAACUCGUCAGCUCAGCGGCAUCGCUUUACACCCCUGUCUGACAUUCAGCGAUUCGCGGGAAGUCCAGGCCAAGCGCUAUUUGAUACCAUUUUUGUGUACCAGAGGAGCAACACCGACGAGGACGAGCGCUUAAGCUGGACUGCAGUCAGUGACAGCUUGGGCAUCGACUAUACCGUGUCGAUGGAGAUGCAGGUUGAUGGCAAGGAUGGAUUACAACUGCGCUUGACGUACGAUGUCGCGAUGGUGCCGGAAGACCACGCUGCGCUGAUACUGAGACAAUUCGACAUGCUGCUGCAGUCCAUGAUCGGCAACGACCCGCAUGAUCUGGCAAGCGCUGAUCUGAUGUCUAUCGUUGCGCCAAAGGACGCCGUUAUUCCCGGCGAAGUAACAUUACUGCAUCAAUUCCUGGAGCGAGGCGCCGUGGAGCACCCAGACAAGGUUGCACUUGAGUUCAUAUACAGCCUGGAGGACCAGCCUAAGAGCAGGAAGACAUGGACUUACCGGGAGCUGGACGAGCGUGCAAACCAAGUGGCACAUUUAAUCCGAAAGCAUUCUGUUCAGCCAGGCAGUAUUGUCAGCGUCUGCAUGAGCAAAUCUCCCGAGGCGACAUUUGCGUUUAUCGGUAUCUUGAAAGCAGGAUGCGCUUUCCUUGCGAUGGACCCAGACUUACCUCUUGCAAGGCGCAAGUUCAUCGCCGAGGACUCUGCUUCUCAACUUUUGUUCGUGGACGCCGGCAAGACCGAUGCAGAGAUGGCUGGCGCAGUCCGCAACGUGGAGUUGACAGAGGACUCUUUAACGAGCCUACCCGUCACUGCACCUUCAAUUGGUCUCAUCGACCCAACCUCGACGAGCUAUUGCCUCUACACUAGUGGCACUACGGGCGCACCAAAGGGUUGUGAGAUCACACACGAAAAUGCUGUGCAGGCUAUGCUUUCGUUUCAAAGACUAUUUGCUGACCACUGGACGUCUUCAUCGAGAUGGUUGCAAUUUGCGAGCUACUGGUUCGACGUCUCCGUUCUCGAACACUUCUGGAGCUGGAGUGUAGGCAUCACCAUGGUCGGUGCUCCUCGCGACCUGGUCCUUGAAGAUCUGCCAGGCUUCAUUACCGCAGCCAAUAUCACGCACAUCGAUCUCACGCCGUCUCUUGCUCGCCUUCUCAAACCAGAAGAAGUGCCAAGCCUGCACAACCACGUCUUCAUUACGGGCGGCGAAGCACUCAAACAAGAGAUCAUUGAUGCUUGGGGUCCAUACCAUACGAUCUACAAUGGCUAUGGUCCGACUGAAGCAACCAUCGGCUGCACCAUGAAUGUUCACAUCGGUCCAGAAGCCAAGCCAUCCAACAUCGGAUCUGCAUUCGACAAUGUUGGCGCAUUCGUUCUCGCUCCGGAGACCGAUCAGCCCGUAAUGCGCGGUGCAGUCGGCGAACUUUGCGUCUCAGGCAAGCUUGUAGGCAAAGGCUACCUGAACAGGCCGGAUCUCACCGCGAAGGCAUUCCCAUACCUUGAACGUCUGGGCGAGCGCGUAUACAGAACCGGAGAUCUGGUCCGGCUCCUCGCAGAUGACUCCUUCUCGUUCACUGGCCGCAAAGACACACAAGCCAAGCUGAGAGGACAGAGACUUGAGAUCGACGAAAUCGACGCUGUUAUUAAAGGCGCACACGCUGGCAUAUCAGAUGUCGCCUCGCUUGUGGUGAAGGGUGACCGAGAGAUGCUCGUCUCCUUCAUCAUUGACAGCGAAGCUCGAAGUCGAGAUCUGCAUAUUGCACAAUCCGGACAAGCGACCGAGAUUGUGGCUGCAGCAGACCAAGCUUGUCGCGAUCGAUUGCCAGGGUACAUGGUGCCCACGCACAUCAUACCGCUCUCUCGCCUUCCUCUGACUGUGAACAACAAAGUUGACGCCAAGAGUCUAGUGGCUCUCUUCUCAUCGCUUUCGACUCAAGAGCUCCAGAAACUGAAAGGAAGUCAGGGAACAGAUCGUCCUCUGCGAUCGAGUGAGCGCAAGAUCGCAAAGGCUCUCAGCCGAUUGCUCUCAAUCGAUACCAAGGACAUCAGCGCGUCGUCGAAUGUCUUCUCUCUUGGUCUGUCUUCGGUCUCUGCCAUCAACUUGGCUACACUGCUGAAGCGUAGUGGCUUCGAGAAUGCCAGCGUUGCUACCAUAAUGAGCAACCCCACAGUCAGUGGUCUGGCCACGGCAAUCUCGAGCCAGGACAGCAAGAACCAAUUGGAGAAGAAUGCGGUGAGGCAGGCACAACUGAGCAUUUCUGCAUUCACUCAGCGGCACCGCAGCCUUGCAGCCCAGACACUGUCCGUCAACGUGUCGAAUAUCGAAUCUGUCGCACCUUGCACGCCUCUGCAGGAGGGUUUGCUUGCUGACUCAUUGAAGGGCUCGCAGAAGCCUUAUUUCAAUGCUUUCCACUAUCGACUGUCUGAGGUCGACCUAGAUCGAUUGCAUGAGGCUCUUUCAUAUCUGCAGUCAGAAAUCCCCAUCUUGCGCACCUCUUUCAUUCGGACAGAAGAGGGCUUUGCCCAGGUCGUUCUGCGCGAGGCCGAUCUUCCCAUACAUACUCAGGAAGUGGAAGAUGGGAGCAAGAUGCAGCCAACUUUGGCGGAAGCGAAAGCGAAAUGGGAAGCACUCGCGGACCACGAGGUCAGCAGACCUUUUGACAUGGUUCUCGUCCGCUCGCCUUCGGAAACCAUACUGGCUUUCUAUGCACACCAUGCUUUAUACGACGGAAUCUCUUGGGAUUUGAUGAUCAGUAAACUCGAGCAGAGUUAUGCUACCCAGCUGGGCGUUGACUUCGGGCCGAGCUUCAUCGAAGCUCUGCCAUACGGUCCAUUGUGUAAACGCAACGAUGCAAAGGACUUCUGGGAGCAACGUAUGAAGGGCUUUCACUUCACACCACUCGUACAAAACGUACCAGAUUCGACUUCGGAUGGAGUCAAGGCCACUAAAACAUUGGCAUCGACGUCGUCAAUUGAAAAGAUCAGGAAGGGUCUAGGCGUGUCUCACCAAGCGGUCUUCCAGGCAGCGUUCUCCGUUGCUAUACAUCAAUUUGCGCCGCAGACUCAGACUUACGGCGUCGUGGCUUCCGGCAGGUCGAUCGACUUCGAAGAUGCGGACGCCAUCAUCGGACCCAUGUUCAAUACGUUGCCCUAUGGUAUCGAUGUCGACCCCACAGACAAUUGGUCGAAACUGCUGCAGCGGUGCCAUCAGUCAAACACUACAGUGCUACCGUACCAACACACUUCUCUGCGUGAGGUUCGCAAGCUCUGUCGCCGCCAUCCGAGCGAUCCGAUUUUCGAUGUGCUUUUCGUUUACCAACGUCCGGAAGAUGAGACGGACAACCAAGCGGAUCACAUCUUGCAUCUGCUGCCAUCAUCUACGCCAGCCGAAUAUCCUCUCGCCUUUGACAUCGACCACUAUUCUUCAGGAACUGCUGAAGUUACUGUGGCGACGCAGGCUGGAGUCGCCAGAAACGACGCAUUGGCAGAGCUCCUUGACAAAUUCGAAGUAGCUUUGCAGUGCAUGGCCGACAAUAUUGAAGGAAGCAUUUCAGACAAGUUCACCAUCUCCCGGAGCAGUACUAGUGCCACACCGGCUCAACAACAGGACCUUUCUGCUCAAGUCAACGGAACUUCCGACUUUGAGUGGACAGCAGACGCUACUCAGCUACGAGAGAUCAUCGCGGAGGUUGCUGGCUGUACUCCUGAAGAUGUCACAGAGCAUGUCACAAUUUUCACCCUUGGCCUGGACAGUAUCGACGCAGUCAAGCUUGCGGCACGCAUGAAAAAGGCUGGGAUUCCAGUACCUGUCAGCAAGAUCCUGAGUGCUCAGACAAUUCCAAAGAUCCUGGGCAAUCUCCAGAGUACUGUCAACGCGAACGAGAAAUCCAAUGUUGCGAGCAAGUUCUCCAAGUUGGAAGGACAGCUCCAAGCGAUCUUUCAACAGGUUCAGACCCAGACGACACAAGAGAUCGAACGCAUCAUCCCGGCCGCCCCAGGUCAGGAAGCACUGAUUGCAGAAAUGAUCCGCUCAGACUUUCAAGAGUACUUCAACUCUGAUGUCCUGCACUUGUCGCAAGAUACAGACAUUGAGCGGUUGAAGAAAUCAUGGCAGCAAGUGUAUGACGCUUCGCCCAUCCUCCGGACUGCAUUUGUCGACGUUUCUGAUCCCGAUAUCGAUGCCACUUUUGCUCAAGUCGUCCUCAAAACUUCUUCUCUUCACUUCGACCAGAUCGAGGUAAGCAGCCUGGAUGACCUCAACGACUAUUUCGAGGCUGUCAAAGUGGACGUCCGCCAGUCCUUCUCAAAGGCGUCGCCACUCCGUCUGGCGAUUGUCACAAUCGAGCUCGAGCAGUACCUGGUACUCUCCUUGUCUCACGCACAAUAUGAUGGACACAGUAUUGGCUUGCUGCAUGCCGACAUCACUGCAGCUUAUAAUGGAGCCUUGGAGCAGCGCCCAAGCUACGAUGAAGCCAUUGAGCAAGCUCUGGGUGCCACUAGUGACGAGUCCCUCGCGUUCUGGCGACACAACCUCGCAGGUGCCAAAUUGUCCAGAUUCAGCAACACUAUGGCCAUUCAGACUCCGACAACACAUCGGGCCGAAAGGAAUGCCACGCUUACCAGCAUUGAAGCGCGCAAACUAUGUUCGAGCUUGGGCGUGUCUCUACAAUCGCUCGCCCAGACAUCCUGGGCGCUGCUGCUCGCCACAUAUCUGGAAGACAUUGAUGUGAUCUACGGCGUCGUGCUGGCCUGUCGCGAUAGCGAAGAAGCAGAGCAAGUACUUUUCCCGACCAUGAACACUGUUCCGGCGAGAGUGACACUCCAUGGAUCUGCCUCUCAAAUGCUGCGCGAUGUGCAAGACAAUAUCAAUGCAAUGAGACAGCACCAGAGGACGCCUUUGCGACACAUCCAGGCUGCCUGUGCCGACCUGCUCCAAUCAAGCAAAUCCCGACCACAGCAAGGGCUGUUCGAUACUUUGUUCAUGUAUCAAAGCAGAGGUGAGAUGAACGACGAAGCAACAGACGCGCUGUACGAAUCUGCUAUUGCCGAUGCCAAUGUCGAAUAUCCUGUCGCUGUCGAGGCAGAGGCUGUCGGCGACAAACUUGUGCUCCGAGCUGCUUGCAAGUCUUCUGUUUUGGAUGCCGAGGGAACGCAAUUGCUGCUAGAGCGCUUCGAUACAGUAUUGAGCUUCCUGGCAUCCGACCAAGACCGGCCCACUGUGGACUUCUCUGGCAACGAUGUCAGCAUCUGCGGACUGCCCUCGUUCACGCUGCGCUCUGAAGCACUUUCCAGACAGACCACUCGCGAGCAAUACAUCAUCGACGACUCCGACGAGGAAUCCGAGGACGAUCUCGCAGUGAUCGAUGCCAUCCGAUCAGCUCUUGCUCAAGUGUCGAAGAUGCCAAUGGAAGACGUUCCGUCGCAUGCCACAAUCCAGUCAAUCGGCAUCGAUUCCAUCUCAGCUAUCAAGGUAGCUUCGCUACUACGCAAGCAAUCGAUCAAAUUGUCUGUGAGCGACCUCGUUAGAGCGCAGACACCAAAGGCAAUGGCACAACUCGUAGGCCAAAAAGAACCUGCUGCCAAUCACGCAGAGGCUCCACAGAAUGUGAUUGCCAACGCUUUGAGCAACAUUGAUAGAGCAGCUGUUCAACAAAGCCUUGGAGUCACUGCUGAUGAUAUUGAGAGCAUUUUGCCGGCAACCGCUGGACAGCUAUACAUGUUCUCACUUUGGCAAAAGACAGGUGGUGAGCUCUUCUACCCGACAUUCAAAUACCACGUCAGGACGCAGAAGUCAGUCGAUGACCUCCGCGAGGCUUGGAGGCAAGUUGUAGCCGAGACUGCUAUUCUUCGGACACAAUUCUGCGAAACGAAAGCGCCGGGCAUGCCUGUCAUCCAGAUUGUGCACAGGACAGUCACGAAUAACCUUCACCUGGACGAUGUAAUGCCAGCAUCGCAACAACAGCCCUUCGCGCACCUGCUUGCAAAGCAGACUGACGAUGGCUUCGACUUGCAGCUCCAGAUUCACCACGCGCUGUACGAUGCAGUGUCUUUGCCACUUUUGAUGCAGCGUCUGGGCUCUUUCCUGGAAGGAGCCGCUCCUUCGAAGCCCGCCGUAGACUUUAGUGACUACCUGGCACUCGGCCUCAGCUCAGGAUCAUUGAAAUUUAGUCAGCAGUUCUGGACAGAAUACCUACAAGGCACCCAACAAGCAAAGCUCCGGAAGCCCAACGAACAUGCAACGAAGAAGGUCCAAAUCUUCAAGCCUGCAGCUUUCGCUUCCUGUGGCGAUCUGGAACGUCAGGCGAGAAGCGCGGGCGUCUCUACACAGGCUCUGUUCUUCGCCGCUUACGCCAAGGUCUACAGCAAGCACGCUGUACAGAGCGGAAAAGACACGACUGACGUGGUGAUUGGCAUUUACAUUGCCAAUCGCACGCACCUACCAGAGCUUGACCAACUUGCAGCACCAACGUUGAAUCUUCUGCCGCUGCGAGUGAAAGCACCCGCAAAGUCCAGCAUUCUCGACAGCGCGAAGCAGAUCGACCAAGAUCUGCGCCAGAUCACCACAGCUGCAAACUCGUCUGCGAGCUUGGCAGAGAUUUACCGCUGGACUGGGGUGAAGAUUGACACGUUCGUCAACUUCCUGAAGAUGCCCGAACAAGAUGAGCAGGUUACGGGCGACAAUGCCAUCACUGAUGCCAACGAUGAGUGGAACGAAGAAGUGGCGCGUGUGCAUGAGCCACAGAAACCGGAGUCGUUCGAAGUGCCGCCAGAGCUGCGGGUAUUCGAGGUGAAUGAAGCAUAUCAGCAUGCUGUGGAUGUCGAGCUCGCGGUGAAGGAUAGCAAGCUGAGUAUCGGCAUUUUCUGCUUGGAGGACAUGAUGGGCUUGGAUGAGGCCAUUGGCAUGACGGGAGAGUUUGUUGGAGAGCUGCAACAGCUAACAGCCCAGCAUUGAAAGGAGUUUGAAAUUGCAUUUCUAGGAGUUGGGCAUGCUGCGCGAAGCGAAUAAAGGCAUGCUAGAUCGGUUUGAAAGAUACCUAUAGAGGACA